ACGUUUUUCACUUCAUGAGAGUUAACGGGAGUUGAUAGUGAAGAAUAUACAAACUUUUCACUGUAUUUCAUGUUUUUUAGGAAUAUGACUCACACAGGUUUUAUAGAGUGAUGCAUGCUACUUUAUGCUUUUAUUUUCCUGCCACUUGAGCUGAACGAGGACAUUUUAAAGUGCCAUUCACUGUUUGGACAAGCUGUCAAUCACUGCUCCAGUCAGAGAUUUUUCGCAAAAUAACUCCUCUCACAUGGUGAGGAGUAUUUUGCUCAAUCAGAGUCUGGUCAAAGGAUGCUCCUAUGGCUAAACUAAUAGUAGCCUAUGCCCUGUGGGCAGUAGGAGGCCCUUUGGGACUGCACCAUCUGUACCUACGGAGGGACAGCCAUGCUCUCCUAUGGAUGCUCACUCUGGGCGGCUUUUGGGUCGGCUGGCUGCGAGAGUUCUUCCGCAUCCCAGCCUACGUUAGUGAAGCCAACCAGGAGGCAGAAAAAGCUAGACGACCCUCCGCCAGUCUCCCAUCAGUGGGCUUGGUUCGUUUUGCCGGCCAGAUUUGUGUGGGUAUCUACUUUGGCUCAGUGGCUCUGAUCAGUCUCAACACUCUGAGCUUCUUCUACCUGAUUGUGCUCCCGCUGAGUGUGGGGGCAGGCGUCCAUCUGGUGUCCUGCGUCGGUCAGCAGACUUCUGACCUCCAGAAGACCCUCACUACUUGUAUCAUCACCUCGUCCAUAUUCUACGGCAGUAAACUGUCCCCUCUGCCCAUCAGCAUAGCGGCCAGUGUCACAGCAGCACAGCACAGAAGGUUCAAACCACCCCGAAAAGCAGGAAGCCCAUCAGAGCCACUCGUGGUCAGGACUCCCAUGGACCCUCACAGAGCAGGGCCUCGACUGUAUCGCCUGAGUUUGGCUGUGUUGGCUUUCUCAGCUCCUCUGGGAUACUGUAUUUUUCUCAACACCACAGCCACUUUGUACUACAUAUCAGAUUGUGUGGCAGCGAUCCUUGACAUGUUUUGGUUCUUUCCCUGGCUCAGAGGGGUUGUGGAGUACUUUCUGCUGUUGCCAUACCAGAUCCUGUGCACACUGACAGGAGGGAGUUACUAUGAGAAGAGCUGGAGGAAGGUAUUGGAAAUACUUCUGAAUGAGUACAGCAAAAGAGAAAUAGAUGCCAUGAAGGUGCUGUCAGUCUCUGAGGGGGCCACACUGGAGGAAAUAACCCAGAGCUACAGGGAGCUUGUUAAAUUAUGGCAUCCGGACCACAACCCCAAGCAGCAAGAAGAGGCACAACAGAUGUUCAUUCGAAUCCAAGAGGCAUAUGAGACACUGAUGCAAAGGCAUAAGCCUCGGAAAAGAAAGUGAUUUUCUACUUGAACAGCAUUUUUAUGUAUCUGUCAGGACCCAACAGGUGCAGGAUGCUUUGAACAUGGAAUUAUAAUGAACUGAAUUGCUUUGAUAAUUAAUACAUCUACAGCAUGAUGUUUUAAUGAUGUUAGGGUAAUCACAUUGGUAAUAAUUAUUAUUUAAUAACAGGUUUGGCAGUAUCAUUUCUGCAUGAGCUGUGCGUCUGUAGAUCUGCUGCCACUCAGUGGCUGCAAACAGUACUUCUUUCAAGUUAGAGCAGCAGCACUGAUUUAAAAUAUUUCUCAGCACGUGAUCAUUUGUGGCUUGCGGCACAUUAAACAGGAAUUCCACUCAUUUUUUUAACAUUCCUGCAUAUUUUAAUGGUUAAGAUGUAAGCAAAGUUAUUUAGAGUGAUUUGAUGUGAAAUGCCCCUUUUUAGGGAAACUUACCAAGCCAGAAUUAUUCACAGCAGUGGUGCUGGGAACCAGACAUCUGAAGCGUUUAGUGCUUCUAAAAGCUACAUCACAGAAAGUUAUCACACAAAGUAGUUACAGAUAUGUUGCCUGAUGCCUGAGACUCGUAGAGCUCAGAGUAGAUCUAAGAUGAGAUUUUGGCCAUAAAAAUAUUUUUUUUGUUAGAUUCUUGGUGUAGAGGUACAAGCUGGGUAUUGUAAGGCAAAAUAGACCCCAAAGAAAACAGAUUUUUUCUUUUCAGAAUUAUCAAAAUUUUGCUAUUGUCAGUAUUACUUAUAAAAACUCAGAAGGCACGUGUAGGUUCACUGGUCAUUUUGGAUAGUAAAUAAAAUGUCUAUAUUCUCCAUGAAGACAUCACAACCCCUGGUUCCUAUCACAACCACUGUAUAGAAAUCUGAGUUAGUACGUUUCUCUGCGGUGAACAAUUUCACAUCAAAGCACUCUGUAUGACUUUGCUUACAUCUCAACCAUUGAAUUAUGCAGAGAUUUUGAAAAAUCCAUGGAAUUCCCCUUUAACUGCCACAACUGCUUUUGUGAGUAAUGAUAAAAUAUUUGUUGACAUACACUGACAAUUAAAGACCACAAUUUUUACAGUA